AACCUACUCUCUCCUCAUCUCUCACUACUGCACUCAACCCCCUCUAACGAAAACCAUCAUGUCCAUCCGCACCGACCGCGCCCGCAUCACCGUCCUCUUCACCAAGAAGGCCGACGUCUCCCAGGAGGACUUCGAGCGCUUCUGGACCGUCGAGCACCCCAAGCUCUUCUCCUCGCUUGACAUCGUCAAGUCCAACAUCGUCCGCUACGAGCAGCAGAUCGCCGCCGCCACCGCCCAGGCCAACAUCGCCCAGUCUGGAGCCCCCGCCGCCCCCUUCCACGCCGCCGCCGUGUUCGAGGCCAAGGACUUCGACACCCUCUGGGCCGUCUUCCAGUCCGAGGAGUACCGCACCAAGGUUGGUGCCGAGUCCCUCAAGUACGCCGAGAAGGGCGGCCAGAUGUUCGCGUCCAACUACGCCGUCGUCAUCGACCAGUAGGCGCGUCGCUCUUCAAAAGGUUUGGCCUUCUAUGAUAUAGGGUUUAAUGGCUUAUGUCACUGCGGUGUAUAAAGUAAAUAUGGAUCUGUAAACUUAUCAAACUCAAUAUAUGUAUCAAGCCGUUAUAUAACACUAUGACAUGUCUGUUUGUGAGACCGAUCAC